CUUAGAAACCCUUCAGUUCUCCCGGACCGCUAUGUAGCUUUUCAAAUUCCCAAAUUCCCAGAAAACACCUUCAAAAGUCACAAUCACCCACAACUCCCUCUGCCAAAAAAUGUCAUGCAAAAACGGAAAAUACUCCAAUUCCCCUUUCCUCCCAGACUCUCGCGCGCGCUCUCUCUCUCUCUCUCUGUCUCUCUGCUAUUCAUUUUCUCCCCCACCUUUCCCCAUCUGUGGUCUAGAUCCCUUUCUCUAUUUCUCGUUCCCUCUCUUUUUUCCCUUCUCCCUCUCUCCCUUUUCCACUCCUUCCUCCGUCGUGACCGCGCCCCCCCUCCCCCGCCCGGUCGUCUCUCCUCCGCCUCGCGGGCUCCCGUCUCUGCCCUCUCCUCCCCUCCCCAGAGAAGAGUGUCCAGCUCCUCCAGAGGCUGCCCGCCCGCCGCUCCUUCCCUGCCCACCUACUAUGAGGAGCAGCUCCUCCCACCUGCCCAUAAAAGCCAAGUGCAUGUUACCAGCAGCGGAUCACAGCCCUUCCCCGAUCCUCUCCGUGGGAGCCCGCGAGCCUCUCUCCCUGAUCUUACGUGCUUAAGAGAUGAAGCUAUGGAGUUGGUGUGCAUGUGACUUGCAAAUCACCGGAAAAUCUUCAGUGUUUUAAUUUCAAAAACACCUUGACUGUCUCUGGGAAGUUGCUGUGGAAGCUGAGCAGCAUCUGCUGAAGAGACAGAAACCAGUCCCAGGGGUGUUACAGGAAGGCACCAGCAAGGACAUUGGUCUUUGAUUCAACAGUCCUGUCAAGUAUAAAUUUGUUCCUACAAUCAAGCUCCAAAUCAUCUGGUCUGAUUGUACAUGUACUAGAAGGAUCACAUGGGACUCACAGUCUGUAAUCUGCUGAUGACCAAAUAGGACCGUCAGAUGGUGAUGGCUGUGCUGCCUGGCCCUCUGCAGCUGCUGGGAGUGCUGCUUACCAUUUCCCUGAGCUCCAUCAGGCUCAUUCAGGCUGGUGCCUACUAUGGGAUCAAGCCGCUGCCACCUCAAAUUCCUCCUCAGAUGCCACCACAAAUUCCACAAUACCAGCCCCUGGGUCAACAAGUACCUCACAUGCCUUUGGCCAAAGAUGGCCUUGCCAUGGGCAAGGAGAUGCCCCACUUGCAGUAUGGCAAAGAGUAUCCGCACCUACCCCAAUAUAUGAAGGAGAUUCAACCGGCGCCAAGAAUGGGCAAGGAAGCAGUACCCAAGAAAGGCAAAGUAGAAAUACCAUUAGCCAGUUUACGAGGGGAACAAGGUCCCCGUGGAGAGCCUGGCCCAAGAGGACCACCUGGGCCCCCUGGUUUGCCAGGUCAUGGGAUACCUGGAAUUAAAGGAAAACCAGGGCCACAGGGAUAUCCAGGAGUUGGAAAGCCAGGUAUGCCUGGAAUGCCAGGGAAGCCAGGAGCCAUGGGCAUGCCUGGGGCAAAAGGAGAAAUUGGACAGAAAGGGGAAAUUGGGCCUAUGGGGAUCCCAGGACCACAAGGACCUCCAGGGCCUCACGGACUUCCUGGCAUUGGGAAGCCAGGUGGGCCAGGGUUACCAGGGCAACCAGGACCAAAGGGUGAUCGAGGACCCAAAGGACUACCAGGACCUCAAGGCCUUCGGGGUCCUAAAGGAGACAAGGGCUUCGGGAUGCCAGGUGCACCAGGUGUAAAGGGCCCUCCAGGGAUGCAUGGCCCUCCCGGCCCUGUUGGACUGCCAGGAGUGGGCAAACCAGGAGUGACAGGCUUCCCUGGACCCCAGGGCCCCCUGGGAAAGCCAGGGGCUCCAGGAGAACCUGGGCCACAAGGCCCUAUUGGGGUACCAGGGGUUCAAGGACCUCCUGGGAUACCUGGAGUUGGAAAGCCAGGCCAGGAUGGGAUCCCGGGCCAGCCAGGAUUUCCAGGUGGCAAAGGGGAGCAAGGACUGCCAGGGUUACCAGGACCUCCAGGCCUUCCAGGGAUUGGGAAACCAGGCUUCCCAGGACCCAAAGGUGACCGGGGCAUGGGAGGUGUUCCUGGGGCUCUUGGACCAAGAGGGGAGAAAGGACCAAUAGGUGCCCCAGGAAUAGGGGGUCCUCCAGGCGAGCCAGGCCUGCCUGGAAUCCCAGGUCCUAUGGGCCCUCCAGGUGCUAUUGGUUUUCCUGGACUCAAAGGAGAAGGUGGGAUUGUAGGGCCACAGGGGCCACCAGGUCCCAAGGGUGAGCCAGGGCUUCAAGGCUUCCCAGGAAAGCCAGGUUUCCUUGGCGAAGUAGGGCCUCCUGGCAUGAGGGGUUUGCCAGGUCCCAUAGGGCCCAAGGGGGAAGCUGGGCUCAAAGGUGUGCCAGGACUCCCUGGUGUUCCAGGGCUUCUCGGACCUAAGGGAGAGCCAGGAAUCCCAGGGGAUCAGGGUUUACAGGGCCCCCCAGGUAUCCCAGGGAUUGGGGGCCCUAGUGGCCCCAUUGGACCACCUGGGAUUCCAGGCCCCAAAGGGGAGCCUGGCCUCCCAGGGCCCCCUGGGUUCCCUGGUGUAGGGAAACCCGGAGUGGCAGGACUUCAUGGCCCCCCAGGGAAGCCUGGUGCUCUUGGUCCUCAAGGCCAGCCUGGCCUUCCAGGACCCCCAGGCCCUCCAGGACCCCCAGGACCCCCAGCCUUGAUGCCCCCUACACCACCACCCCAGGGAGAGUAUCUGCCAGAUAUGGGGCUGGGAAUUGAUGGCGUGAAACCCCCCCAUGCCUACGGGGCUAAGAAAGGCAAGAACGGAGGGCCAGCCUACGAGAUGCCUGCAUUUACCGCCGAGCUAACCGCACCUUUCCCACCGGUGGGGGCCCCAGUGAAGUUUGACAAACUGCUCUAUAACGGCAGACAGAACUACAACCCGCAGACGGGCAUCUUCACCUGUGAGGUCCCUGGUGUCUACUACUUUGCAUACCACGUUCACUGCAAGGGGGGCAACGUGUGGGUUGCUCUAUUCAAGAACAACGAGCCCGUGAUGUACACGUAUGACGAGUACAAAAAGGGCUUCCUGGACCAGGCGUCUGGGAGUGCAGUGCUGCUGCUCAGGCCCGGAGACCGGGUGUUCCUCCAGAUGCCCUCAGAACAGGCUGCAGGACUGUAUGCCGGGCAGUAUGUCCACUCCUCCUUUUCAGGAUAUUUAUUGUAUCCCAUGUAAAAAAAAAGAAAAGAAAAGAAAAGAAAGAGAUUUUAUAGAAGAAAAGAAAAUGAUGCACCAAAAAAUCCAAAUGAAAAACGUAAUUGCUUCAAAACAUUUAUAUAGUUGGAAAGUUAUAUUUAAGUGAAAAUUUGGACCAUCGUGUACAAAUAAAAACUAAGAUGCAUGUUUAAUACUCCACACAGCAGCCUGUAAUUGAGAAUGACGGAAUAGAUUUAUGUAUCAAGUACUGACACUUGGUUGUACCCACUGGAAUCAUAUUAGCUGUUAUAUGUUAUAUGCUUCCACAAUAACCUGCUUAUUCAGAUCAGUCAAAAUAUAUCAGUAUGAAAGAUCAUAGCUAAUGAAAGGCACUCACUCAUAUUGUUUACUUUAAAAUAUUUAUAAAUAUGCCUUAAAGAAAUAUCAACGAUAACAAUUA